CCCCUCCCUCCACACCACACCCCGUCUCUCUCGUGAACCCUUCCUCCUCUCCUACACUCGACUCAAGGGAAGUGAAUCACAUCGGGUGAUCGCAACAUAUUGGAUUAUUCGUUCCAUUCAGGUGGGCAGUAGUGAUGCUGGGGGCUAGGAGAUCCUUCUCUAGGCUCGCUGCGGCGGUUAGGACGCCGGUGGACGUGCCGAGAAUGCCGGCGUUCGACCACGUGCCGCUGCCCUACGACGGGCCGAGCGCCGUCGAGAUCGCCAGGAAGCGCGCCGAGUUCCUCAGCCCCUCCCUGUUCCAUUUCUACUCCAAGCCCCUCAACAUUGUGGAGGGGAAGAAACAGUACCUCUACGACGAGCACGGGCGGCGCUACCUGGACGCGUUCGCCGGCAUCGCCACCGUGUGCUGUGGCCACACCCACCCCGACAUCAUCGACGCCAUCACCGCGCAGGCCAACCGCCUGCAGCACUCCACCGUGCUCUACCUCAACCACGCCAUCGCAGACUUCGCCGAGGCGCUGGCCGCCAAGAUGCCCGGCGAUCUCAAGGUCGUCUUCUUCACCAACUCCGGCACGGAGGCCAACGAGCUCGCCAUCAUGAUGGCGAGGCUGUACACCGGCUCCCACGAUAUCAUAUCUCUCCGGAACUCCUACCACGGCAACGCCUCCGGCACCAUGGGUGCCACCGCACAGAAGAACUGGAAGUUCAAUGUUGUUCAGAGUGGCGUGCACCAUGCUGUUAACCCGGACCCCUACAGAGGCGCCUUCGGCCCGGACGGCGAGAAGUACGCGCGAGACGUCAAGGAGAUCAUCGAGUUCGGCACCACGGGCCACGUCGCCGGCUUCAUUUCCGAAGCUAUCCAGGGAGUUGGUGGGAUCGUGGAGGUGGCGCCUGGCUACCUGCCCCUGGCGUACGACGCCGUGAGGAAAGCCGGCGGCCUCUGCAUCGCCGACGAGGUCCAGGUGGGCUUCGCGCGCGUCGGCAGCCACUUCUGGGGGUUCGAGACCCAUGGCGUGAUCCCUGACAUAGUCACCAUGGCAAAGGGCAUCGGCAACGGCAUCCCUCUGGGCGCCGUGGUGACUACGCCGGAGAUCGCGCAGGUCCUGACUAGGCGGUCCUACUUCAACACGUUCGGCGGCAACCCGUUGUGCACGGCCGGUGGGCUCGCCGUCCUCAAGGUGCUCGACAGGGAGAGACUCCAGGAGAACGCCUUCAUCGUCGGCGCCUACCUCAAAGACCGCCUCCGCGGCCUCCAGGAGAAGCACCAAAUCAUCGGGGACGUGAGGGGAGCAGGCUUCAUGCUUGGCGUGGAGCUUGUGACCGACCGGCAGCUCAAGACCCCGGCCAAAGACGAGAUUUGCCAGGCCAUGGAGCACAUGAAAGACAUGGGCGUUUUGGUCGGAAAGGGGGGCUUUUACGGCAACGUGUUCAGAAUCACUCCCCCGCUGUGCUUCACCAAGGAAGAUGCUGAUUUCUUCGUCGAUGUGAUGGACAUAGCGCUGUCAAAGCUCUGAGCUUCCCAACCAGCACUUGCGAUGGGCUCCCUGCCAUGUCGAAGCAACUCAACUUUCCACCUGAGUUUAACGGAAGUAGCCGCAGUUUACUUCUGUGUUUACCUUACGUCGUGUAGUGAAGCAGACGAAAUUUGGCCUGAUGCAACUUGUAUAAGACCUUUACUUUGUUGAAAUAUAUUAACCGCCUCUCUCCAUCAGUUCAGACUUUU